CGGCGCGGAAGCGGGCGCCGCGGCAACAACCGAGGGAGAAGUCGAUAGCGCCGAUGCUCCCGAAGAUGAUGAAUUUGUUAUGACUUUGUCUCAAAGUAUGGGAAGGGGAACAGUGAAAGACCAAAUAUCAUUGUCAGUACACAUGUCAGUACAACAGGCUUUACUUCUCAGAGUCUUUAGUUAAGACCAAUCUAUCAGUAACAGUAUCAAACUCUGCAGUCUCUUUCUGUCACAUCCUAUCGAUCCGUCUUGCUUCGACAUGGAGGAUUCAUAGUACUCAAAUGAAUCAGUAACUUCAGCGGGUCGCUCUUCUACAAAAUUACCACGAUCUACUUGCUUCUAAGAACCCAUCGCCACCCCCGCUAGAAUCAGACGAACCUGAACCUUUCGCUCCGAAAGAGGGCGCUUUGUCCGAGAAAGAUCGGAAAGAUAAAGUCACUGCCCUGGUCGCCCAAACGGAUGCCUGGUUGCGGAAAGUGCAUCAGCACUAUCAAGAUUAUGCUUACGUCGCCUUUGUGGCUCCACAUGCAAAUGGUAACGUCAGCGAAUUAGUGAAGCAGAUCAUGGCGUAUGCGCGGCAAGUAAAAACGUCUGAGGUUCUGACGCCGCAUGCGAUCCAACAGACAUUCGCGCUACUGCGAAAGCACCUGAUCGAAAGACCUCUGUUGUUCUGUGCACCACGUUCUGGCCGUCACGCAAGCGAAAAACGGAUCUUGCGUUUAGAGCAAGCGACUGGGGACUUCAGUAGCUGGAAAGUCGCUGCACUCCCACCACCAGAUCCAGAAGCGAGCUCGCAGUUUGCGUCGCUCAUGGGUCUAAAAACGUGGAAUUCCGGAAACGCAGCAGCAGCCAAAGCGGCUUCGUCCAUUACAACCACUCCUGCUUUGGUAGGAAGUGGGAGCACAGGCAAUUGGAAUGGCAAUCAUGCUUCUCCUGCAACAAAUUCCAAUGAGGGAAAUAACGCGACUAUUCCCGAGAAAGAAAAGGGCUCCCUUAUUUCAGGAGAAACUACUUCUAUUUCUGGCGGUGGCGUAUUGAUGCAGAAGGCUGCAGCACUUGCUUCUGGCGAGCCACCCGCCAGUGCAUCUCCCAAAGCAAGAACCAAGGCUGGAGCUACUUCCUUACCACCCGCAGUGACGAAGUCAUAACUUGUAGUUGUACGAGACCAGAGAAUAUGCUGUACUUAGUCUUGGAACAAGCAUCUACCGAGGAGAUUUGAAACAAGAGAAUUUGAAAGAGGUUUGAUUUUUUGAAAGUAGAGGUACUCACAACUUCAUCGACUUGAAGAUGGACCGGCAGCGAAC